UUCUCUCUUCAGAUUCCACACAGCACCGCUCAGGAUCCGAUUGCGCACUGCCUAGGAAAUUCGACUGAUAUGAAGCGAAAAGAACCACCCAAGUCCCAUUACAAAAUGGAUAUCGAGCUGGAUAGACUCAGCAGCUUACCAUGUCCUGUCAUAGAACAGAUUUUGCAGCAUUUGCCUAUGAAGGAGGCGGUGAGGACGAGUGUUUUGUCGACUAAAUGGAGGUACAGAUCAUCUACGCUCGGGCGUCUUGUGUUUGAUCAUCACUGUGUCUCUGCUCGGAACCAGAUAACCUUUGUGAACAUUGUGGAUCAUGUUCUCUUGCUUCACACUGGUCCCAUAGACAUGUUCAAGCUUUCGAACAGAGACUUCUUUGCUACUAGUGACAUUGACCGCUGGAUUCUUUAUCUCACAAGAAGCUCUGUCAAAGAGUUUGUGCUUGAGAUUUGGAAAGGGGCUCGCUUCACAAUGCCGUCUAGUUUGUUUUCUCUAAAAGAAUUGACUCAUCUGGAGUUAUUCAAUUGUUUGCUGAAACCACCCUCGACCUUCAAGGGCUUUAGGAAUUUGAAGAGCUUAGAUAUUCAGCAUGUUACAGUGGCCCAAGAUGUGUUUGAGAAUCUGAUUGUUUCAUGUCCUCUGCUUGAGAGAUUUACUUUGAUGAACUUUGACGGUUUCACUGAUCUCAACAUUGAUGCUCCUAAUCUCCAAUUCUUUGACGUUGGAGGUGCUUUUGAGGAUGUCAAUUUUGUGAAUGCCUUAAAUCUUACUGUUGUUGCCAUUGCUUUGUACGACCAUGUACCCGAUCACCAAAGACGGUCUCCUCGUCAUUCUGGCAAUUUGCUCAAGUUUUUUGGUCAGAUACCUCGUGUUCAGAGGCUUGAAAUUCAGAGUCACUUUUUAAAGUAUUUGGCUGCUGGUGUGUCAGGAAGGCUGCCUAGACCAUGUCGAGAUCUGAAUUACCUUUCUAUACGGAUUAACUUCAGUGACUGGGAGGAGGUUUUAACUGCUGUGUUCCUUCUCAGAAGCUCCCCUGCUCUGCAAGAACUAGAAAUUUUGGUCCGCCCGGAGGAAGAGCCUGCUGCUGGAAGAACCAAGUUUUCUAUAAAAGAAGACUGCAAUCAUCCGUUUGCCCAACUACAACUUGUGAGAAUUAUCGGCACCUCCAAUACCCAACCUGAGGUAGAUUUUAUCGAAUUUCUGCUUUCUAAUUCACCCAUGCUUGAGAAGAUGACUGUUAAGCCUGCUUCUGUCAACUGUGGUUGGGAGCUGGUAAAGAAGUUGCUCCAAUUUAAGCGGGCCUCAGCGAAUGCAGAGAUAAUUUACUUGGAACCAUGAUUAAUCAAUUAAUUAGGCAGCUAGGAGUCAUUGCUCACAGAAAUGAACAUGGGUACAAGUCUUUGUGAUGUAGGUCCUUCUGUUUCCUGAACAAUGUCUUGUAGAUACUAAGCAAUAACCUCUAUAUGGUAUUUGAG